AUGGAAGGCAUCUCAAUCUUCUUGGCAUUUGCGACUCUCUUCCUUAGUAGUAGUAAAGCUAGUACUGAUCAGACUAGCAACAGCAGCCGAGUUUAUAUUGUGUACAUGGGAUCUGCAGCUCCAAACUCUUUAACCAGCACUACAGCUUCCUUGAGGACUGACCAUGCUCGCCUCCUUACUCUUCUGACGAGACGGAAAGGAAAUGCGUUGGUGCACGUUUACAGGCAUGGCUUCUCAGGAUUCGCGGCCCGGCUCUCAGAGGAGGAGGCACUUCUUAUGGCUCAGAAACCUGGAGUUGUAUCUGUCUUUCCUGAUCACUUAUUGAAGCUCCACACCACUCAUUCCUGGGAUUUCCUCAAGUAUCAGACCGAGUUAGAAAUCAACUCAUUUCCCAACAGCAUCUCCGAGAAUAACGACGCUGCUGGUGAUGACACACCACCGGACUCUAAAGGAUCUGACACCAUAAUUGGUAUUAUAGACACAGGUAUUUGGCCGGAGUCGGAGAGUUUUAAUGAUAAGGGUAUGGGUCCGAUUCCGUCAAGGUGGAAGGGAACGUGCAUGAAAGGACCUGAUUUUACUUCAUCCAGCUGUAAUAGGAAGCUGAUAGGAGCAAGAUUUUACAACUCCGACGAGCUGAUCGCAGACAACGACUCACCAAGGGAUUUAGUUGGGCAUGGAACACAUGUUGCAGGCACAGCUGCAGGGAGUGUCGUACCGGGUGCAUCCUACUACGGCCUAGCUGCUGGGACAGCCAAGGGAGGCUCCCCAGGUUCAAGGAUCGCCAUGUACAAAGUAUGCACAGCACAGGGUUGCUCUGCAUCGGCGAUAUUAGCAGCAUUCGAUGAUGCUAUUAGUGAUGGGGUGGAUGUUCUAUCUCUGUCCCUUGGUUCGACAAGUUAUCAGCCAGAUUUGAGCAGCGACCCCAUUGCAAUGGGAGCUUUCCAUGCAGUCGAGCGGGGGAUCAUAGUCGUGUCCUCGGCAGGGAAUGAUGGACCAAACCGUGAAACAGUUGCGAACUUUGCACCUUGGCUAUUGACUGUUGCUGCUUCCACCAUUGAUCGGAUUUUCCAGUCUAAUGUGAUCUUGGGGGCAAACAAAGUGAUCCAGGGAGAAGGCAUAAAUUUUUCUAGUCUCCAGAAAUCUCCUGUGCACCCACUGAUAUAUGCACUUUCUGCGAAGACAGCAGACGCUGAGGAACCCGAAGCAAGAAACUGCGACGAAGGAUCAUUGGAGGAAAAACUGAUCAAGGGAAAGAUUGUUAUCUGUGACACAGAUGUUCCUUUCUAUACUACUGAAAACCAAAUUGCAACAGUGAAGAGUCUUGGCGGAAUAGGUGUAGUUUUUACCCGGGAUGAUAAUAUUGGGAUAAUGGCAGACACAUAUGGAGCAUUUCCAGCAACAGCCAUCAGUUUAAAGGAUGCCAAAGAUAUCUUCUCCUAUAUCAACUCAACCAGAAACCCAGUUGCAACGAUCUUACCAACAGAGACUGUGACAAAGUAUAAACCAGCACCCACAGUUGCAUAUUUUUCAUCCAGAGGCCCCUCAGCUGCGACAAAUAACAUACUCAAGCCUGAUAUUGCAGCACCUGGUGUGGACAUUCUUGCAGCUUGGAUUGGCAAUGACACAGCGGUUACUCUAGCCGGAAAAGAGGCCCCAAAAUUCAAUGUGCUCUCAGGGACUUCCAUGGCAUGCCCACAUGUUUCCGGGAUAGCAGCCUCUGUCAAAACUCAAAACCCCGCAUGGAGUCCAUCAGCCAUCAGAUCGGCCAUCAUGACAACAGCAACUCGAAUAAACAAUUUGAAAACCCCAAUUACUACAGAUUCAAGUUCAAUAGCCACACCAUACGACUAUGGUGCAGGGCAAGUCACAUCAACCGGACCACUACAUCCAGGCCUGGUAUAUGAAACCGACACCAUUGACUACUUGAACUAUCUCUGCUAUUAUGGGUUUGACACUUCCAAACUCAAAACCAUUGCUAGAACUAUUCCAAUAGGUUUUGCUUGUCCCAAAGACUCCAAGGCUGAUUACAUAUCCAACAUCAACUACCCAUCAAUAGCAAUCUCCAAAUUCAACGGAAAAGAAAGCAGGAAUAUAAGCAGGAAGGUUACAAAUGUUGCAGGAGAUGGUGAAAUGGUUUUCACAGCAAACGUGGAUGCACCUAGAGGUCUAAGCGUCAAAGUGAUUCCUGACAAACUAAUUUUUUCUAAGGACAACCAGAAGCUCAGUUAUCAAGUGGUUUUCUCUGCAACCACACCUGUUCCCAAGGAAGACAUGUUUGGGUCUCUUACAUGGAGCAAUGGACAGUAUAAAGUCCGAAGUCCAUUUGUUGUAAGUAUUUGAUAACUGAAAGGAGAGGAGUAUUUUAGU